UCAGAUGUACUGAAAUACUUAAAUCAGAAGAGUGAUUUUUCAGAUGAUUUUGACAUGUCUGAAAUUUCCAUCGAGAAAUAUAUCUCUGAAGAUGUGCGGAAUGAAUUGUCAAGCGCAGCUGUAGAAAACAUUAAAAGUUUGAUAGGCGAAAGAGAAAACAUUGAAAAGCAAUUUUGUGCACUGCAGGAAAAACACGAUUCGCUUGAAAUUGAUUUCGAACAAAGAUAUUAUGAUUUGGAACAGAACUGUUUGAAGCUCCAGGAAAAUUACUCGGGUCAGGUUAAAAAAUGUGAAGAGUUGUCUAACACUAUUAAACAAUAUAGUGACGAAGGGAUGGCGACGAAAAAUGAAGUCUUGCAGCUUCGAGAAAAAUAUAAAUCGGCGGAAAGCUUAGUUGAGAGUUUACAGAGUAAAGUUGACUGUUUACUCGUUGAGAAGCAAGAUUUGAACCAAGUUUUGGAAUCAAGGUCGCAAGAAGUGAGUUACUUAACUGAGGAAAAUAAAAGGUUGUCGGAUAGUUACAAAGAAGCGAUGAAUGCAAAAUACGAAGCACAGGCUAGUUUUGAGAAAGCGAAAAGUUCUGAAGAUAAUUUUCGAUUUGAGACGAAUCAAGUUAAAAAUCAACUGGAAUUGCUGAACAUGCAAGUUGAGAAGCAAUCUGACGAUUUGAUGAGCAAACAUGACGAAAUUCAGCGGCUUAGACGAGAGAAAAUUUUCGCAGCUUCGGAUGUACAAAAGCAACUCGAUAAAUUGAAAGAAGAGCACGAAUCAGUUACGAGGAAGCUGGACGAAGCUAAUAAAUUGAACAAACAAUAUGAAGCGCAAGUGGCCAAGUACAUUGACAAACUAAGGGACGCGGACGAAUAUAACAACGGCUUGGAAAGUCAUUUCCAGAAGGAAAUCGCAAACCAGACAAAACUGGCCGAAUUGUAUCAGAAGGCAAACGACGACGCUGAAAGUAAAAAUAAAAAUCUUCUGAAGGCGGUGGCCGAGUUACAAAAUAUGGUGAGCCAAGCCGAAAGUGAAAAACAAGAAACGGAGGCUAAGUAUUUCAAGCUGACUGCUGAGUUUGACCUGUUUAAAGAAAACUCAAACUGCGAAAUUGAAAAACAGAAAAUUGAGUUAGAGAGGUCAAACGAGUUGAUUGAAAUAUCCAGAAAAAGUAAAGAACUCGUUGAAAUGUCGCCGAGCGCUGAAGCUAUUAGCAAGCACAUGAGAAGUGGUCUUACAAUCACAGAGUUGUACAGUAGUUAUGUUGACGCAACCACAGAGCUUGACAAUCAGAAAGCGGAGAACCACAGGUUGCAGAAAUCUUUGGACCAAAUUAUCCAAGAGGUGCAAGAAAAAGCGCCAAUUUUGAGACAGCAGAAGCAGGAUUACGAGAAAUGUCUGAUUACAAAUUGCGAUUUAACUAAAAAGUUAGAUUUAGCAAUGGUGCAAAGUCAGAAAGCUAAAAGUACGAUCGAAUCGUUGCAACGAGCAAACGAUCAUCUGAAACGCCAGAAUGAUUCUUUGGAGCAAUCGAAAGGCGAUUUCUGUAAGCAGCUGCAGCACUUAAUUAGAGAAAAUACUAUUCUUAAAGGAGGAAGCGUCGCCGAUGAUAGAAGUCAAACUAGUGUCGAAUCAAUCACUGACGAAUCUUUCUCGAAUGAUAGUGACAAAGUGAUUUCGCUGAACCUCGUUAAGUACACUGACAUUAUUGAUUUGCAAGUUAAGAAUACUCAGCUUUUGGCGGCCUUGAGGUCAAUUUCAGAUGAAAAAGAGGCGGAACAGGAAGGAAAAUACAGAACUAAGUUGGAAAGCUUGGAAAUGAAGUUGAAAAAUGCUGUGGAAGAGAAUGAUAUGUAUCAGGACGAAAUGCGAAAAAUGAAAGAGUUGCUAUCGAAGAGUGAGCGGCAGAAUAACAUGUACAGGGUGUUGCUAGACCAGCGCGAAGAAUCAAGCUUUGUUGAUGAUUCGCGAGUUGACAGCUCUAUUAAUGACUCAGUAGUGUCUGGAGGUUCUAAAGAUACUGGGGCUUCUAUGGUUCUGAGUCCAAAUAAAAUGCAACAGAUGCAUCAAGCAACAGUAGCUGCAGCGAUGAGUGAAGAGGAACGAAAAACACUUCAAGGAGGGAUCCAAGAACUGAAAGCGGAAGUUAAACAGUGGAAAGAAGAAACGAGAAAUGCCGAAGUCAAGGCGAACGAACGUUGCUUUGAAUACCAAAAAGAAAACUCAGAGCUUAGAUUACAAAAUAGUAAACUUGCUACUGCAAGUAGCAGUUUGAGUGAUAAAGUUAGUUUACAAGCACUUAAUGAGAAAGCUUUGCAAAAUGAGCUGGAAAGUUUCAGGAAACAAGUCAAUGCAAUGUCAUCGACCCAGGCCAAAAUGCAAUCCAAUAUUGACGUUCUCAAUUCAGACAUCAGAGCGGCCCAAGAGAAGUAUAGCACAGCUUAUGUGCAGUUACAGUCAUUGCAAUCAGAAAGGUCAGUUUGGAAAAACACCGAGAAACAUUUGAUUCGCGAGAGAGAUCGGCUGCUAGAUGAUAAACGAGUGCAAAGCAACCUCAUGGCUAAUAUAGACUCACUCAAAAAUGCUCUGGAGUUCAACGCUAAUGAUCAACAGAUAAGGUACCAAAAAGCUAUAGGUACUCUUCAAGCGAAUUUGGACGUCGCCCAGAAGAAAAAUCGAGAUUUAGAAUCGGAGAAAAGAAAUGGUGUCAAGGAUUACGAAGCACGGCUCAAAGAUCUGGGUGAAAAAUUGAACUCCGAAUUGGAGCAAAACCGGAAAUUAACAGCAGAAUUGACGAACGCUAAGAACGAUUUAGCCACGAGUGAAGGUCAAUUGCAACUAAAGACCUCUCAACUAGAACAGUCAGGAGCUGCAGGGUCCAAGCAUGGAUCGCAAGAGUCAAUGGAUGCGGAUAUGUCUCGAAAUGAAGAUGAAGAUUUGGCAAAUGUGUCGAUGAAUUUGGAACGUGCUGAAUCAGAAUUGCAAAUCCUCAGGAGCCAAAAGAAAACUCUAGAGCAGCAUUUGGAGAAUUACAAACACAUGUGCGAGGUUUCUGAAGAGAAGUAUAAUUCGGAUACUGCCCAAUACGAAGAAAAGAUAACGAGCUUGGAAAAACAAUUGAAAGACUUUUCGACCAGUCAAAAAACACAAUUCCAAACUAUCGCGAAGUUGGAAAAUGAUAACACGAAAUUGCGAGAGGAUUUGAAAAAUAUGGUAGAUAAUUCAGACUCGUCGCAUAGCAAGAUUGUUCGAAAAUGUGACGAUUUGGAAUCUCAAUUGAGCAAGUCGAUGUCUUUGAACAAUGGUCUCAAAAAUGAAAUCGAGAAUCUCAAAAUUCAACUAGAAGACAAAAGUGAGAAUCUAUCCCUUCUUUCGCAAAAGCUGGAAACUUCUUCGCAGAAAUUGAAUGAAGGCACAAGUCAGACUGCUAAUUUUGAAGCGCAACUUCAUGAAAAGUCGAAAGAAAUUGAAAGAUUGAAAUCGCAAACGGAAUCAAUGGGAAUCGAAAUAGAAGGAUUUAAGUCUCAAGUUGAGUUUAACAUGAACAGUUAUAAAAGUAAAGAAACUCAUAUGGGAACUAGAAUCAAGGAUUUGGAGAAACAAAACCAAAUUUUGCUGGAAGAAAUUGACAAAUUAGGAUCUUUAGUCAGCAAAACUAAAACAUCGAUUUUAGACUCGUCCUUUAAUGACAGCAUUUCAGGAGAGAUUCCAGAAAAUCCUCCUCCCGGAACUGAAAAUUUGAUUGAACUGAUCCGGCAUUUACGACGUGAGAAGGACAUUUACCUGGCUAAGUAUGAAGUGAAUCAAGGCGAAUGCGAGAGAGCGAAACAGAAAUUGGUGUUCACCCAGAAAAGGGUUAAAGAAUUGGAAGGUUUGCUAAAAGAGGAAGAAGAAAGACAUCAAAAGUUGUACCAGGCGAUGUCGCAGCAGGAAGAGUUGAACAAAAAGAAUGACCAGGUUUUGGUGCUACAAGACAGCAACUCCUUCUUGAGAAAGGAAUCGGCGAGGCUGCGAGAGGAAUUGGAGGCUGAAAAACGGCGCCAGAAAGAAGCCGAAGAAGCGGCUUUGAAACCUCUGAAGGAUGAAAUUGCGACUCUGAAAAUGAAUGCAGAUGCUCAUUUAAGCGAAGUGGAAAUAAUGACCGAUGAAAUCACUAAAUGGAAGGCGAGAAAUAACGAAUUGCUUGAACGAAUCACAAAAAUUGAUUCCGAGGAAAACAAGAAAGUUUUGGCGAAGGCUAAAGAACUGGAAACUAAGAAUGUGAACUUAGCUGCUGAGCUGAAGGGUCUAGAAAGCCGACUGUUCAUGAUGAAUAAAGAAAAGAAUGAUUUCAUGGAGAAAUACAAAGCUUCAUCUACUGAAGCGAAUUUGCUGCGAAGUGCCAAGAACACUUUGGAGAGUGAAAAAGGCACGUUGGUGAAGCAGUUGGACACUUUGAAGGGUCAAGUGGCGACACUAGAGGGAAAAGUGACCGGUAGUAAAGGUUCAGUGGACGAGUUGGCCAAUCUGAGGGCACGAUAUAAGAAGUUGCAGGAGUUCGCAAAGAGCAAAGUUGAAAUUGAAAAGAAGCUGCUGAAAGACUCCGAAGAGUUGAAAGGCGAAGUCGCCUCUCUGGAGACCCAAAGAACAGAUCUGACCAAGGCCAAAGAGCUGAUUGAAAAACGUCUAUCUGAAACUACAGUCGUAAGCACUCAGCAAGCAACCGAAUCGAACUGCGACAAAUGCACAGUGGCCGAGGCUGAUAAUCUAGACUCGAAAGGAAGGAUUGAAUCGCUUUUGUCGGAAAUAAAGAAGGCCAAAUUGCAGUUAGAUGAAAGCCAAAAGAGGUCAACUUUGCUAGAGCAGGCGCUGAGUAAGACCGCGCCAGGAUCUUCAAGUGAAGCUGCGAGCAGUUUGAAUGAACUGAAAUACAAAAGUUUGCUCAACCAAAAUGAACUGCUCAAGAAGGAGCUGGAAAUUGCGAAGAAGGAUGUGGCUCUCGGCGAGGAUAGAAAGAAGAAAACGUCCGAGUUCCUGAUGAAAAUGAAACUGAUGCUUGAAGGAAAGAAGACUCAAAUAGCCACUCUUCAGAAGCAAGUACAAACUGCCUCUUCAGACAUGGGGAAAAAGGAAGAAGAGGUGAAGAAAAAGGAACAAGAGAUUAAGAAACAUCAAGAAGAUUGCGAUAAGUUACGUCAUUUGUGUCUGACAUAUGAGAACAAAAUUGAGUUGCUCGAAGGCAAAGUUGAAUCUCUGGAGACAUUUGCUAAGUCAAAACCGAGAGAGGUUAGACUUGGAGAUGAUACGCCUUCCAGCUCACAACCAACAUUGGCGGUGCCAGGUCAGCAAAGGUCUGAUAAAAGCUCAGAGCGACCUCACGCUAAUAUAAAACCCAUCACGUCGACAAGGUCGUCAACUAGACAAGCCCCAGCUGUUGUACACGUACAGCCUUUGCAGUCGAUACAGUCCACCGAAUCAGCUGUAACUGAACAACAGAACACUUCCAACAACGCGAGCUCAACAUCACCUAGUAUGUUUGGAACAAGUAUUGGCGGUAGCGUGCCACAGAGUGCCAGGGUUGUACCGCAAGUCAGAACUGUUGGUGAAAUUUCAUCUGUGCAAACGCCUCCGCAUGCUCAAGAGUUUGCGGUUCAUACUAAUGCAGCAAGCAGUACAACACUUGAAUCAGCGAAUGCUGAUGUCAAUGCUAUCAGCAUUACUCCGGCGACUCCACUAGUUGUUGAAGCGACAAAUGCAACGACCACAGCUGCUUUUGUUAUUCCAAUUUCAAGGACGACUAUCAAUCUGCCGACAUCGAGCUCAGAUCGAGCCGACACGACUGCUGCGAUUCAACCUUAUCACGUGCAUUCUGCAUCUGUGAGCUCAAGUUUGGGAUCUGGAGGUUCAUAUGUAAAUGUUAUCACACCGGUGGCCCAAGUCUCGCCUGAACAACAGCAGCAACAACAAGAGAUUUCAAGUACAUACACUACCAUGGGUUCAUCAACUCCUAUGAUUUCUCCCUUUUCAACAUCGGCAAACCGAGGUGUGAGUCAGCGCGCUGGACCAAGCAGCGACGGAGGUCCAGCUGAUAGCAGUCAAUUUUCAUCUAAAAGACCACGUGAUACGUUCACCUCCAGCGACGAGGAGCAGAGUUCCGGAAAAAAGGCCCGAGUCUUGACUACGGAAGAUUCCGACAUGAUUGCGGGAUCCUCUGGGUCGACAAAUGUGCAAUCCCAUCCACAGCAUCAACGGUCGUCAGGAUCUGAGAAUGUCCACGAAGUUGAGCCGUUUAUAAGUUCAUCCUUCGGCGACAGUUCUCAAAACGACAAUAUAUCAAUUUCACUUCCUGAAAUUCCAAGUGCUGUGUAUGCAGCGAUUGCAACUAUAUCGAGUGGAGAUGCACUGGAGUCGAACGCCGGAGAGUCGGGAUUAUCGGUGGUAUUAGGUGAUAACACAGUGGUAAACGAGGUGUAUGAUGCAUCGCAUUCUGCCAGAUACGAGGGAUUAUCGAGUGCGCCAAGUGGACCGUAUGCGGAGACCGAAAAUCUGGAGGGCGGCGAAGAAGAAAGUCAAGACGAGUUGGUAGAGAGACAGGAGGCGUUUGAUGAGGGGGAGAGGGAGGUCGAAGAAGAAACCGAAGAAGAGUGUCAAGUAAUGGAUGAGAUGACGGGAGAGGAAGUGUCUGCUUCUGACAGGAAUUACCAAGUGCAGGACAUUGUAGAUGACGAAGAAACGGAAGAGGAAGAAGAAACCGAGGAAGAUGAAAAUGGAGAGAUGGCUGACCAAUAUCACCACCACCAGCUCCAACCAGAAGAGGAAGAUGACGACGACGAUGAUGAUGAUGACGUCAUUUGUCUGAGUGACGGCGAGGAGAACGAACAGGAGGCUCAGUUUGCAUCUUUGGAGCCAGAGGAUAUGCAUAGCAUGCACAAUGUCAGUGGAGAGCACCAGCACGACUUAGGAGACGACUUGGAUCAAGACGAAAUCAACGCCUAUGAUGAAGAGGAGUCCUCAAUGCAGUCGGCUGGUCACGUGGACCACAUGCUUGGCUCAGCUGCCGAGAGUGAAGUGGGUAUCAUUGUUUCGGCUGAACAGGGAAGACGACUGGAGUCCUCAUUUGCUCAGCAAGCAUCCUCACAGAUUGAAACAUACAACAUCGAAGCGAUGGAAUCCUCAUCGAAUGCAGGCCAAUCUGCCCUGAUGGGUCAACAACAACAGAACAGCGACAGUGCAGUGUGGACGAAAUCUCCGGAUAGAAUGCAGUUGCAACAGCAGCAGCAGGCUGUCAAUCUGGAAACUGACAGCAGUGCUCCUCAGAGUCCCACCGCAGACGGGACUGAAGGAGCUGUGGUCACUUCCAGUAGUCAUGGCGUAGACACCGAUGUCUCGGACCAGCCGCAACUUAGGUCCCUGGAGAACGUGGCCAGAAAGAGCGUGAGACAGGGACGACCGAGAUUGAGGCGAAAUUUGAACAACCAAAUGGGCUCCUCUGGGUCCCCAGGAAAAGACCCGUCUGCUAGUUCCUAGAUAAAUCACGUGUGCUCAAAACUUAUCAUUUAUGACCAGUCAAGGAAAGCGUUCUUGUAGUUAAAGAAUCGCCUGUACUCGAUUGAUUUUUGCAAAUGAUGUUGACCUACAAUUAGAUGGUAUCUUGAAACAGUUUUGUGUACAUUGCACUACUUGAGAUUGAGUUGGUACGUGAUCCUGUAACUUCCUUAAAGCUGGAUUACUUCUGUAUCGAGGUGUUUUUAAAUUGAUGUUAGAAUAUUUUAAGUACUUUGUGCUAUCUUUUUUUAGUUGACAUCAAAGGCAUUCGUUGGAAUGAAGAAGAGCUUUGGAUGAAAACUGACCAGGAUUAUGCGGUGAUUACCCGAAGUUGAAAUGCCCAUACAAAUAUAUAAUCAUUAAAUAUUAUAUCAAUCGGAACAGUUUUUCAAAAAAGAGGGUAUUAUUGGAAGUUUUUGCCCAGAUUGUUAUCGACUUCGGCUAAUACUGGCUGCAUAAGCCUGGUGACUUAGCUCUUGUGAGAUUGUUGAAAUGAUGCAUUUUGUUGGUGGCUUGUUACCAAUGUCGAAUUAUAGACCAAAAUCUUGAAAUGUUACAUCAAUUUCUUUUUGAUUAAGUUUUGAAACAUAUUAGUCUUGAUCAAAAUCGGUUUUAAUAAAUGUCGAUUUAAAAACAUGGGCUCACAUUACAAGUUUUAUUCACGAACUGAAAGUUGUUUAAACGAUUCUUUUAAUUUCUUGUAUUUGUGUUGCUUAACUUAAUUUAACAUUGAAAUACUU